GUAGAGUCCCGGGGUGCCGAGCGUUCUCGGUCCUACCUCCGUCCUGGCCCAGAGGCUGUUGCGGCGCCGCUAACGCCCGCCCGUGGCGGGCUGUGGCUGUAGUUCCAGUUUGUGAGCCCCGCGGCGGCGGCCCGCGUGAUUGACGGGAAACCAGUAGGCCAGUUGUGUGAUGGCAGAUGCAGCCCUGCUGAAGAUGGACAGACGGCAGUAGACAGCUGUUCCUUUCAAAAGACUUGAUCGUUUGGUGUCUUGUUUACAGCCACUCGAUCAAGUCUGUUUGCUUCCUUCAUCAGACAGCAGACAUGUUCCGUACAAUCUCAAGGAAAAAUAUGUCCCAGAAACUGAGCUUCCUGUUGUUGGUGUUCGGACUCAUCUGGGGGUUAAUGCUACUCCACUACACUUUGCAACAGCCGCGGCGGCAGAGCAGCGUCAAGCUUCGUGAGCAGAUCCUAGAUUUAAGCAAAAGAUACGUGAAAGCUCUGGCGGAGGAGAGCAGGAGCACGGCGGAUGUGGACAGCGGUGCAUCCAUGGCAGGCUAUGCUGAUCUGAAGAGAACGAUCGCGGUCCUCUUAGAUGACAUUUUGCAGCGCUUGGUGAAGCUAGAGAGCAAAGUCGACUAUAUUGUUGUGAACGGUUCAGCCACCAACACUACCAAUGGCACCAAUGGGAAUUUGGUGCCGGUAACGACCAACAAAAGGACGAGUGUUUCGGGCAGCGUCAGAUAGCAGUGAAGGGCACCUUGCACGGCUACACCACUGUGGAUUACAUCCAUCGCAGGACACCUCUUAAACUGCUGCCUAGGACAGAGUAAUACUUGACAAUAAAAGCUCUACACAUUUCCAAGGAGCUUGCUGGAUUCAUAGGAUGCUAAUUCUGUAUAUAUAACUACAGGCAUUAUUAGUUUGCUUUGACACAAAGCUCUUUAAUGCUGUUCUGUAUUCUUAACAGGAAUUUGGUAACAAGGUUGAUAUGGUAAGCAGGGAGGUCAUCUCUGUACAGAGAUCAAGAAACAAGAGCACCAGAAAGACAUGGAGUCCUUUCUAGAAAUACUUAUCUAAGUAUAUAAUAUGUUUGUCAGAUAAGUGGACAGUAACGUUCUACUCAUUCUGUCGCCCGCCCUCAGCAGUAUCCCUGUGAGUAGAGAACACGCUUACUUCCAGAACUAUAUUUUGUUACUCAAUUUACGAGCAGAGAAAGGAAGUAUCAUGUUGAAAAUCAUGUUUUGAAAUAGACCCAAAGAAUGUUUUCAUUUGCACUAUCCUUCAAAAUUAACUGAAGGUUAAUUGUAUAUUUUUAAAAAUAGCAUUUGUAAGAAUAUAAUUUUGAAAUGGGUAGCAGCCACUGUCCAUAGCUAACCGUCACCGUCGGGGGACAAUUUAAUAGAAAUGGGAGUAAUUGCUAAUCUCAUACGUUAACAUUUCUUACAUAUAUUCUGCAGAAUAAUACAUAUUUUUAUGAUGAAAUGAAAAAUAAAAUAUGCAUGAUUUUUCACAAUCAUGGCUGUUGAUUUGAAAGUGAAUCUCGGUGUCACAUGCCUAUAGCCAUGGAAUCCAGGAGGCUGGGACAGUAGAGCUGCAAGCUCAAUGCCGCCGGGGCAGCAGAGCAGACCCUGUGUAAAAACCAUAGGAAAGUACAUCAUUUCCAUACUCUGCUAAGUGUUCUUCAGUUAUUCUGGUGGAGGAAGGAAAGGGCUUGAGGACUUUAGCCAGAUGUAUAUAAUAAAUGUUAUUUGUGCUGCACAAAAGUGCUUGGAAAAUUAAUGUGAGUUGCUGUUAUUUAAGAGUAUCCUGUGUUAGGAGAUGUCAGAUUAGCUAUUCAUUUUAUAUAAUGACCACUUUACAAAAUUAAGAACAUUAAAAUAUAAAUUAUGAAGAUUGUUUAUCUUUUUAGAGAAAUAGCUACUGUAUACAGCACAAGAAAUCUUGACUUGGUUAAUUCUAGUAUAGAAUAAAACAUGUCGUUAUUUAAAUAGCCUUUGUAGCAAAUCCAAUUGCUAUAUAGUAUUCUAUAUUUCGUAGUAUUUAUUCUAUAUAAUAACUGCUUAUGUGCAGCUAGCCUCUAGAUUUAGAGUAAAUUGAAUUUAGUUUUUGAUAUUUUUCAUUAUUAUUAUGCUACCACAAAAGUAGCAGUGAUUAUAAUAUUUUGUUAAAAUAAGAAAUAUAUUGUUUCAUGAAAGAUAACUUUCUGAAAUGUCUUCCCUGAACUGUUAUGUAAAGAAAUGAUGCCCCAUUGCCCAUAGAUUCUGCAGUACCAUUCGGUCUCUGAGGAGUCCUGAGCAUCUCUGAUUUCAUUGCCUUCAGGGAUGAAAUAAAAUAUAUUGUUUAUAUUCACAAUGGUUAUUUUUGUUUUGGUUUGGUUUUGGUUUUCAGGAUG